GUAAAAUUUCAUGGCACCGGACUUUCACACAAUUGGAUGCAAUUUCCUGUACUUUCCCGGGAGCUGAGUUAUGCAUCUGUUCCUGUUAGUAUAGUCGAAUCUAAGUGCUCGAAUUGAUAACCGAAGAAGCCUCCAGACACCCUUGCAUCUAAAGCAAAUUUCAACAAUCGUUUGCAGCCGCCAUAUAACUCAAAGUCAGCUCCCAUUUGGCCAAUCAGGCUUCUAGAGGAAAAGCAGAGAGGAACUUGUGACGAGUCCGUAGAAGGCCUGUCGAUAACUGUGUUUUCUGCUUAUGGCUGAUAGUUCACUCUCGUGUUGCGAAAUCUUCUACAAUUUGAAUCUUACCAAGGUUAGUUAUCCUCUAAAUGGCACUGGACGACUCUGAGUUAUUUAAUUCUUUUAGUCUCCACUGUAAUCUCCAGUGUUACGUGCAGUCAUGUAAGAAGCUUGUUUUUCAAAACAUUCUCAACCUAAGCUUUUUUUAACUAAUCCUUAGUUCAAAUCAUUUUGUUAACCCUUUAACCCCUAACAGUGACUGGCAUCUAUUUUCUCCUUACAAGAUCACCCCUGAUUAAAACAUUAAGGUCAUGAGAAUAAGGGAAAUGAUCAAUAACAAAAGAAGCUGUUGAUUGUUAAACACAUUCUCCUUUUUAGAACCUUAACCCUUUAACCCCUAAGAGUGAUAAGCAUCUAAUUUCUCCUUACAAUAUCACCCCGAAAUAAAGGGAAUGGUCACCAACUAGAGAAGCUCUGGAUUGUGAAACAAAUUCUCCUCAUCCACACCUUUGGAAAUGUAUAGGGAACAGUAUGGAGAAUAUGCAUACUGAUGUUAGGGUGGAAAGGGUUAAGAAAUGUAUAGGGGAAGUUUGGAGAAUCAUAUGCACACUGAUCUUAGGUUGUAAAGGGUUAAUGAAAAUAGACUAUGAAGACUACGAUUAUUUAUUCAGAGCUUCGUUCACCAUUAUUCCCUGAGAGCAGAAGCUUAUAAUCCUGAGUUUAGGUCAUAAACUUCUUCCCAGAGUUAAUUCCUGAGGUAAUAUCUGCGUCUUUAACACUUUAACUCCCUGAGGUGAUUAACACAUAAUUUUAUCCCAUAAUAUUCAUACAUUAUCCAGCAAGCAGCUAAUGACAAUACUCAAACUUAUCAAGCAGAAGUUGUUAUCUUGAUCUAACACCAAAUUCUAGAGAUACUUUACAAGGAAAUGCAUGGCCAUUAGAGGAGAGGAUAAACAAUCAGAUCACGAGAGUUGAAGGGUUAAUAUGAGCUCGUAAGGUUACUGUCAACAAAAUCUGGUCAAAAUUUUCAAAAUUUUGUCACUCUUUAGUUGACAAAGUAGUUAAGUUUAAUUUGCUUUAAAAAAAUUUUGGUGAAGUCCUGAAAAGAGAUACUGCUGAAAGAUUGUUUUAGGGGAACCUGUACCAAGGAGUGAAAGGUGUCAUAAUUGGAAAGGCCUCCAGCAGAGUAUUAACAUUUGCUGCAGGCUUUCAUCUGGGAUCUUGAUCUUCCAUAUUUUGUUUACAAACUGUCUUGUGCUGCACAACAAAAGGGAAUUUCAAGCACAUUUCGUAGAAUAUUGAGAAAUAAGAGUCUUCAUCAAACGGCCAAAGAUAGAUAGUUGCAAACAAUAAGUUUUUUUCCCUUGCUUGCUUUUCCCACUUUUCCUUCUUCUUUUCCUGAUGAAUUUUGGAUUUUGUUUAAUUUGUGCUCCUUUUUUGCAAUAUCACCUUCCCUUGAAUUUCAAAGGAGGUCUUUGUCAUGAGACUUGCUAGGGAGUUCAAUCUUGCAUUUCAUUGGUAGGUGGCAUCCUCACUUUAACACUUACUUGAUUGAGGAGCAAAAAUUGUGAACUUGUUUGGAGGCCAAAAACUUGAGGUUUGUUUUUAUGCAAGGUACCUCUACUUAAACGAAUUAAUAGGGUACGUAGAUUUGUUGGAUUUUUAUGAACAUUUUCCAGAACGUUUGUCAGAUAUUAAUGCACCAAACUGUUUGAGGCUUUAACUAAAUUUGAAUUAUUCCUUUUGUAAUGUCCAGGAGUGUGGUAAUAUAUGUCCCACUUCAAAAUAGAUUUUCUCAGGAACCAUUAGGAAUAUCAAAAAAAGGCUUGCACUUUGUUAGGCUAUUAUCUGCUGAAUGAUACUGUUCAUUUUGUUUUGAGGUCCGUGGUAACAUGGAGGCUGGAAAUUCAGUAAACCAAACACUGUCAGUGUUGUGUGCAAAAGUUUGCACACACUAACCAAAACAAAAACUGUGAACAAUUUUGUUAUUUUCAGAAUCUACAUCUUAUAAGCUUUACAGUGAUAUCUAGUUUUCUAUGGUUUCUUUAAAAGUAGCUUGUGCUUGAAAAUUUUUCCAGAAGGCACCGUAUUUUGUUUACAGUAACCUUAACAAAGCAGAAAGAAUGUCUAUGGUCCAAGAUAUAGUGUUACACAACUUAGAUUAUUUCAGUCCUCUGUGCAAGUUUGCACUCCUGCUAUAGUCAGAGUUAUCAUCAAACACAACUUAAAUUAUUUCAGGGUAAUUUAGUCUCAUCAACUGAGUUGAUAACAUAAAUUGGCCAUUGUAAAUAGUUAAAAGGGUGACAUUUCAAGCAUUAGCCCUUCAUCAGAGUGAUUGAGAGGGCUAACGCUUGAAACUUAAGCCUUUUAACUCUUUACGGUGGCCAAUUUAGGUUUUCAACUCAGUUGUUAACAUUGAAUUACCUGCUAACCCUUUCACUCCCAGAUGCGAUUAACAAGUAACUUCUCUCUACAAUAUCCAUGUACCAUCCAGCAAUAUAAAUCAGGCAAAAGUCAUUAUCUUGAUCUAACAUCAAAUUCUCGUAACUGAUUGACAAGGAAAUAUCUAGCAGUUAGAGGGGAGAGUUAACAAUCAGAUCUUGGGAGUUAAAGGUUUAAAUUAUAGACUCAAGUUUAGGUAACAGCAUAGUAUUUGAAUUAAAGGCUGUUCACUACUUAAUAGACAGAUCAAUUUUAUAGUGUAUCCUUUAUUUCUGGACUCAGUCAGCCAGUUAUGCUGUGCAAAUUUUUAAUUGCCCUUUUUUUUUCUUUCAGAUGGUUAAGCCACUUGCUGAAGCAGCCAGUGAUUUUCCAAUUUUCUGGAGAAACUCAGAUCUUUGGUUUGCAGCUUUUUGCAUUAUGUUUAAUCCUUUCUUCUGGAAUGUUGUGAGUUUGUUUUUGCUUCUCUUUGGGCAAGUGCUGUAGAUACCCAUAGGUAUCAAUAAUUGCUUGGCUUGUCUUGUAGCAGCCCUGACAUAAUGUUAGAAUGCUCUUUAUCUUUCAUUGCUUUUCCUCACUUUUUAGCACUUAGUGACAGCUAUGAGUAUUCAAUAUCUUGUGACACUGAAAACUAUUCAAUAUUUGUGUAAUACUUUCAGAGUUAACAAAAUCGGCAAAAUUUACUGAUGGAUCAAUACUUGAAAUCACCUAAAUUUGAAAGAAAAUGAAAUCUUAUCUCAGAUUUGUGAAAUUUUAUUAUCAGAAAUUGCUUGCUUUUGAUUACAUGUACUUUUAAGAUGAAUUUUGAAAGUAAUCAUUUAUCUGUGCCAACAAGAGAGUACCCAUUUUAAUCCUGAUACCUCCAAGUGAAAUUUGAAAAGAGUGUUUUUGCUCAGAUGUGACAAUUUUCAACUUCUCUGUGCUUAAUUCACAUGCAGGUAGCACGAUGGGAAUACAGAACGCAUGCAAUCACACAUUGGUUUGGUUCAGCUGAGAGAGGCUGCUACGCACUUGCUGUUGUUAUUUGUCUUUUGGGAUUAUUUAGAGAUUACCGGUAAGCAUCUCUCUAAUCAUGCUGUCAUUAAUUUCAAUGUACAGACCUUGGAUUACUAGCCAUUUUACAAUGCAAAGCUUUCUUGUUCAAAUGAGUAACUUUAAAGUACUGUUAUGGUUGCUUAGCUGUUUUGUAUGAGUUUGUAAUUUGUAGUUUUUGAGAUUUUUUACUGUAUGGGAAAAAUGAUAAUAAUAGUUUUGAUUAAAAAUUGGAAAUCUAGGAAACUGUUUAAGGUGACUUUGAAUGGUGUUUUACAGAUUUGAAGAGGCCAUCUCUGGCCAGCCUAUUGCAUUAGCCAUGUGCACUGAGAAUGUUCGUAUUUGUGGCACUCUUCUUAUCGUGGUUGGAACAGUUCUUGUCCUUAGCAGUACAUGGUCACUGGGGAUUGUAGGAACAUUUCUAGGUUCAGUUAUUAGAUUUCUAUAAUCUGUUCUAUUGAUUUAAUUAUAUCUCUUAGUCAGUACAGUAUGUGCACUAUAAUAAUUAUUGAUCAAUGUAAUGAACUGUACUCCAGUGUAUGGCCUGCUAAAUUCAAAAUCUUCUCCCUCUUUUUGAAUCCAGAGAUAUGAUAAAUAUCUUGCUAUGAAUGUAAACUUGUUUCACGGUCCACACCUUAAGUUACAGAACCUCGAUUUUUCUGCUCUGAUUUAAAUGUAUGGUUUGGGCUGUAUCUUAAACUAAGGACCUUGAACCCCAUUUGUAAGAGGUACAUAUUAAAUAUCAGUUUGCAUUAAAUCUCACUCUUAAUACUCAAAUAGUAGCCUAAGAUUUUGCAUGGCCUAACUUUUACCUCAGAGGUACUGGUUAAGUUCUUCUACCAACAGUGUUUUGUGCCUUCUAUAGAUAAGCAUCAUAUUAAAUCCAUUCAACCUAAAGAAUUUAUUUCUGAAAAAAUUUACCCCAAAAGGAAUUGAGAAGAACUUUGUAUCUUUUGCAAUUUUUGUUAAAUGUACAAAUUUAUUUCUUUGCAGGGGAUUAUUUUGGUCUUUUGUUGAACAAGAAAGUCACACAUUUUCCAUUCAAUGUCAUGAACAACCCAAUGUACUGGGGAUCAACUUUGAACUUCUUGGGAUAUUCAUUAAGGUAAAAAUUGUUUAGACAUAAAUACUGAUAUCCUGGAAAACCAAUCACAAUAUUAAUUUCUUGAUUUACUCAAUUGGGUGGACUCGCUCUUCAUGACUAUUUUAUUAAUCCUGUAACUCUUAGCACCUUAUCUUAAUCAAGCCUAUAACUCCUAUUCAGAUCCUUCAGGAGUAGUGGAGAGAUUUUUCUCUUACUUCUUGAUAUCACCCUCUGAUAAGUUGGCCAAAGUUUUGCAUGGUGAUUACACCAUUCACUGGUCAUUUUUUCUUAUUCCAAAUGAAUUCAACACUUUCAACAUUUUUUUAAUUAAAGAAAGCAGUUCUGAUUUUGUAGUUGUGUGUAACAUUAGGUUUUCUCUGAUACAUCUUUUUUUCACCUUUACCUUAAUAUUUGUUAUUUUGAUGUUGGGAUAAAUUUUACUUUGAUUUGUUUUAACAUGUGAAAGAUUAUUAAAUUUUUUCUUCUUUUUUUGAUAGACAGUGCAGCCCAGCAGGUGUACUCUUAACUACGCUAGUUGCCAUUUGUUACAAGAUAGCUUUAUUAUUUGAGGGGUAUGUCCGUUUGUCAGUAGAUUCAAGUCUAACAGUGAAUUGGUGGUGUAACUCAACAUCCAGAUUACCUAUUUGCAUUUGACUUGUAAUUUAACUGUAUGGUCUGGGAGUGAGUCAUAGUUUGGUCCAUUGGUAAACUUGACAUGGGUGGAAGCGCAGGGCUUCAACUUGGUUUCCAGACCAACCCCCUUUUUCUUUCCCCGUCCCCCCUCCCCCUCCCCUCUCACACACACACACACAUACAUUGUGAUUGAUUUCAAGGCCUAGUUUUUCAUUGAUGAGACAUAAAAUGAAUUUUUUUUUCAGGCCUUUCACUGAGAACAUUUAUGCAGAAAAGAAAUUGAGAGAAGAAAAGGAGGAGUGAAAAUGGAUAAAUUAUGAUAAUUUAUUUUGAUCCCACUAUGUUAUUUUAAUGUUUAUUUACUAGCUAGAAAGUAAAGCAGACAUUUGUAUGGAUGUCAGCAUAAAUAUAAAAUUAUUGCUAUGUUUUGGUAAAGUUAAGAGGACAAAGUAAUUUUGUACCCACUGAAGGUUUUAAACAAGACCCCUAAAGAGAUUGUGUAGGGACUACUUUCAGGUUAGACCUAUAAAUGGUUUACAAGUAACACUAACCAAGAGAGUUGGUGGAAAUUGAAAGAAAAAUUAUUAGUAAAAUAAUAUUACUCGCACAAAUGUGUAUGCUGAUAGAACUUACAUUUGUUGAGUGUGCAACUCUUUUCAUUGCAAAAAUGACACUCAGUCUGGUAAUCUGAAAUUAUGGUUCAUAGUCAGAGAUGAUUAUCUACCUCAAAGGGACUUACUGCUGUAAUUUCUUUGUAUGAUCUUUUCUAAGUAGAAGCACAAGGCCAAGCUAAACUUUGCAAGAUGAUUAAAUACAUGAUCUUAUUUAGAUGUUUGUAUAAAAUAAUGUUGACCUUGUUGUGGGAAAUAUUUCCAGUUACAUCUGUGUGGAUAGUUUGGAGUUUAAUUAUUUUUUCAUGGAAUCACAUUUUUGAAUUUCUGAGUACAUUAUUUAGCAUUGCUCAUUAAUAUGUGAGUUCGUAGAAUGUUGGGUAUGAAAGUUGUGCUCAAUAUCCAGGUCCAAUCUGUAGUUUUGUAAAGACUUAAUUGUUUACACUGAUUAAAGAAAGUUAAGUUUUACUUUAGUGAAUGAGGUUAUCAGUUAAAUUGAUGCGAACCAUUAAGGUUAGAAAGAAUCAAAACUGUGUUUUUCCAUUAAAACUUCCAUGGCUUGACCCUGACUUUUAUCCCCCUGAGCAGAGCACUUGAGAAGAGAAAUACAUGCUUUGCAUUGUGUUGUAAUUUUAGUGAGUUUGAGGACAGGAGAAGAAAGAUGAGGAAAACUGCAGGUAGUGUUUUUCUUGUUUCUUAUGUGUUCUUAAAAAAUCCAACAACACUGCAUGCUUGGUGUCUAAAUGUAACUGAGCUGCACACUGGAAUGGCAGAAAUGAUCAUAGAAUACAACUUUUGUUUUAUUAAGCUGGAUUUUCUAACUCAUCACUUUGUCUGAAUUAACUGUAUCAUGUUAUCAUGAAGUUGUACAUGAAAAAGAAACAGAUGAAUAAAGUCUGAAUGAGA